AUGGCAAGCCACGCAUUUGGUGCUUUCAUCGACGUCGAGACGUCCUCACUUAGUGAUCAACGCCACACGAUCCCGAUUGCUCCUCAGAAAGCUCUUCCCCGUGUUUACCAUUCUGUUCAUUCUAUCCCAGACCCGGUCGAGCUCGACAACUUACAAUGGGGUACGAAACUGAAUACUCCUACUGGUUCUGGCGCUGUUAGUCCUUCUGGACAUCAAACCCCUCGGGUGCCUAUGGAUCUCGAGAGUAGACCUACAACUCCUAAGAAUGAGCAAGAUGGCGCCGAUGCCUUGCAGAGCUUUUCAUAUCCUCCAAUGAAUCGGUUCAGAAUGCUUUCCGUGUGCUUAAUGAACUUUGGAAAUGGACUCAAUGACUCUGCACCCGGCGCUUUAAUUCCUUACAUUGAGAAGCACUACUCGAUCGGAUAUGCCGUUGUCUCUCUAAUUUUCGUUACGAACGCGAUAGGCUUUAUUUCUGCGGCAUUCAUCGUUGACGCUCUCCGUGCGCAACUUGGGAGAGCCAAAACCCUAAUGAUGGCUCAGUCUUUGAUGACCUGCGGAUUUGUGCUGAUAGUUUGCACGCCGCCUUUUCCAGUUGUUGUCGUUUCGUUCUUUUUUCUUGGUUUAGGCAUGGCUAUCAACUUAGCCAUGGGAAACACGUUUGCUGUUAACCUUCAUAACGGGACAAAGAUGCUUGGUGCAAUGCAUGGCUCCUAUGGUGUGGGCGGAACUAUUGGUCCAUUGAUAGCCACUGCCAUGGCGUCCACUGGAGGACUUUUAUGGAGCCGAUACUACCUACUAGCCUUAUCCGUAACGCUUUUCAACCUCGUAUUUGCUGGAUGGUCUUUCUGGCAUUUUGAGAAAGAGUCUGGCGGAUCCCUACUCACUUCUAUAGAGAGAGUAGCAUCGCAGACACAAAACAUUCAAGCACCGAAGAGCCGAGUAAAGGAACAGAUGGCGAGUAUGCUUACUGCGUUCAAGUCCAAGAUCGUCAUUCUUGGAGCUUUAUUCAUCUUUGCAUACCAAGGAGCUGAAGUUUCUAUUUCUGGCUGGGUCAUCUCUUUCCUCAUCGCAUCUCGGCAUGGCAAUCCAUCUGCUGUGGGAUAUGUCACUUCCGGAUUUUGGGGCGGCAUUACUCUUGGACGAUUUUUACUCUCUCAUCCAGCCCACAAGAUUGGAGAGAAGCUCUUUGUUUAUUGUAUUAUCGCUGGAGCUGCAGCUUUCCAGUUACUCGUUUGGCUUGUUCCAAACAUCAUUGGAGACGCAGUAGCUGUCGCUAUAGUCGGACUGCUGCUAGGCCCUGUCUAUCCUUGUGCCACAACUGUGUUUUCGAGGAUGAUUGCUAGGAAGGAUCAAGUCAGUGGUUUGAGUGUCAUUAGUGCGUUUGGGUCUUCUGGUGGUGCUGUCGCUCCAUUCACGACCGGUAUCUUGGCUCAAGCUGCUGGCACUUUCGUACUACAUCCAAUCGCCAUUGGACUUUUCACCGUCAUGAUGGUAUGUUGGUUCAUCUUACCAACCCCGAGAAAGAGGACUGAAUAA